AUGAGAGGGGACAGCUGUAGGCAGAGGAGGAGACAACUAGAGGCAGGCAGGCAGACAGCAGGUGGCGUGGGUAGGUGCGGUGGAAGGCACAGCAGCAAGCGUGGCGGCAGGCGCAGUAGGUGGCGUAGCGGCACGUGCGCCGACAGGCAUGGCGGGAGGCGUGCGGCAGGUGCAGUCAGUAGGCACGGCGGCAAGCACGACAAGAGACACGCGGCAGGCGCAGUCAGUAGGCACGGCGGCAGGCACGACAAGAGGCACGUGGCAGGCGUGUCGGCGGGCGCAUUGCAGGCGUUGUGUCAGUCACGCGGCAGGUAUGGUACCGCUGAGGACGAGGAGACUGCUGUGGUGGCAGAUCACAAGGAUUGCGGGGACAUGGCACCAGAGGAGGAGGAGGAGGAGGAGGAGGAGGAGGAGGAGGAGGAGGAGGAGGAGGAGGAGAAGGAGAAGGAGCAAGAGGGUGUAGAGGAGGACGAGGAGCAGGAGUGA